CCAGGUCAUGAUCAGGAAGGGAGCAUAGAGUGACACAACCAUCACAGCAGAGGCGGCGGCGGUGUGGUUGGUGCUGGCGGAGGGUGUGUGAGCAGUGACGGCGUGUUCAUGUCAGUCGGGAGGUGUGUCCUCCCCCAGCCAGUGCUAGGCGUUCUCUCCUGCUCCCUCACCCCGGUACAGGGCACCGAACCGGGCUGUGUUUCUCCUCUCCAUGCUGCACACCAUGUGGCCCCGGUGGGCUCUCCUGAGAGGCUUCUCCAGGGGGUCUCUCCGGCGACUCUACCACGGAGACAAAGUGGGCACAAUCGGAUCCAGGCCCGACACUGGCUCCCCGGCUUACCAGGAAAGCUAUGAGCGGAUGAAAGCACUAGUAACAGAACUGAAGGAAAAAGCAGAAAAUAUACGUCUUGGAGGAGGAGAAAAAGCCCGAACACUCCACACCUCAAGAGGAAAACUGUUACCAAGAGAGCGAAUUGACAGACUUAUAGAUCCUGGAUCUCCUUUCCUAGAAUUCUCUCAGUUUGCCGGUUACCAGUUGUAUGGUAAUGAAGACGUUCCCGCUGGAGGUGUUAUUACUGGCAUUGGUCGUAUAUCUGGGAUAGAAUGCCUGAUUGUAGCCAAUGAUGCAACUGUGAAAGGCGGCACCUACUACCCGAUCACUGUAAAGAAGCACCUUCGGGCGCAGGAAAUUGCAAUGCAGAACCACCUGCCUUGUGUUUACUUGGUGGACUCGGGUGGAGCAAACCUUCCUCGUCAGGCAGAAGUAUUUCCAGACCGGGAUCAUUUUGGUCGUAUAUUUUACAACCAGGCAAAGAUGUCAUCACAGGGUAUCUCUCAGAUUGCUGUGGUGAUGGGAUCUUGUACAGCCGGAGGAGCAUAUGUACCAGCCAUGGCUGAUGAAAGUAUCAUUGUUCAAAAGCAGGGAACUAUUUUCUUAGGAGGACCUCCAUUAGUAAAAGCAGCUACUGGGGAACAAGUGUCGGCUGAGGAUUUAGGAGGGGCUGAUCUGCACUGCAGAAAGUCUGGUGUCACCGAUCACUUUGCGUUAGAUGACAACCACGCCCUGCACCUGGCACGCAAAUCAGUGAGAAGCUUGAACUAUAAAAAGACGCUAAAUGUAACUAUAGAAACUCCAGAAGAUCCACUUUUUCCAGCAGAUGAACUUUAUGGAGUUGUUGGUGACAAUUUAAAAAAGAAUUUUGAUGUCCGAGAGGUUAUUGCCAGGGUUGUGGAUGGAAGCAAAUUUGAUGAGUUCAAGGCACUUUAUGGAGAUACGUUAGUAACAGGUUUUGCCAGAAUAUUUGGCUAUCCAGUUGGUAUUAUUGGAAAUAAUGGUGUCCUUUUCUCAGAGUCUGCAAAAAAGGGCACGCAUUUCAUUCAGUUGUGCUGUCAAAGAAACAUUCCCCUCCUCUUCUUGCAGAAUAUUACAGGUUUUAUGGUUGGCCGUGAUUAUGAAGCAGGGGGAAUAGCAAAGGAUGGCGCCAAAAUGGUGACAGCUGUUGCAUGCGCCAGUGUUCCAAAAAUUACAGUAAUUGUUGGAGGUUCUUACGGGGCCGGGAACUAUGGAAUGUGUGGCAGAGCUUACAGCCCGAGGUUUCUUUAUAUGUGGCCAAAUGCUCGUAUAUCUGUGAUGGGCGGGGAACAAGCCGCUACCGUAUUAGCCACAAUCGCUAAAGAUCAGAAAACCAGAGAAGGGAAGUCAUUUUCAGAGAAAGAAGAAGCUGCGCUGAAAGAGCCAAUAAUUAAACGAUUUGAGGAGGAAGGCAAUCCGUACUACUCAAGUGCAAGGUUGUGGGAUGACGGUAUCAUUGAUCCAGCUGACACUAGACUGGUUCUAGGACUGAGUCUCAGUGCAGCUCUCAAUGCGCCAACGCAGAAAACUCAGUUUGGAGUUUUUAGAAUGUAAAUCACUCCGGAAUCAUUGUUCACUAACUUGAUGUUUCUAAUAUAUUCUCAUCCUGUACAAUAAAAUGCUUUUUUUUUGUU